UUUUCAAUUUCCAGGGAAAAAUAAAAUAAUAAAAUCAAAUCAAAUAAAAUACCCAACCCACCGCUCCCUCCCUCCCUCCAUUUUUCAGCAAUAAUGGAUCCCACCACUUGCUACACCAAUGGCCACGCUUCAAUGGCGGAUCCCUUGUACUGGGCCGCCGCUGCCGAUGGCCUUAAAGGGAGUCACCUCGACGAGGUGAAGAAAAUGGUGGAGGAGUACCGGCGUGGGGUGGUGCGCCUCGGCGGACAGAGUUUGACGAUUGGACAGGUCGCGGCGGUGGCGUUGCACGACGGUGGAGUUAAGGUGGAACUGAAUGAGGCGGCGAGAGAGGGAGUUAAGGCGAGCAGUGAUUGGGUAAUGGACAGUAUGAAGAGAGGUACGGAUAGCUAUGGAGUUACUACUGGAUUCGGUGCUACGUCCCAUCGGAGAACAAAUCAAGGAGCUGCUUUGCAGAAGGAGCUUAUUCGAUUCUUGAACGCUGGGAUAUUUGGGAAUGGAACAGAGUCCAACCACACAUUGCCUCACACUGCUACGAGAGCUGCUAUGUUGGUCAGAAUCAACACUCUUCUUCAGGGCUAUUCCGGUAUUAGGUUUGAGAUUUUGGAAUCUAUUACCAAGCUCCUUAACCACAAUGUCACACCUUGCCUUCCCUUGCGAGGCACUAUCACAGCUUCUGGUGAUUUGGUUCCUUUUUCUUACAUCGCUGGUUUUUUGACUGGUCGUCCUAAUGCUAAGGCUGUCGGCCCAACUGGUGAUAUCCUUGAUGCUGUAGCAGCUUUUAAAAUCGCUGGCAUUGAUAGUGGAUUCUUUGAGUUGCAGCCUAAAGAGGGUCUUGCACUUGUUAAUGGGACGGGUGUUGGAUCUGGUUUGGCGUCUAUUGUGUUGUUUGAGGCCAAUAUAUUGGCUUUGUUGUCUGAGGUUAUUUCAGCCAUCUUUGCUGAAGUGAUGCAAGGGAAGCCUGAGUUUACUGAUCAUUUGACUCACAAAUUAAAACAUCAUCCUGGUCAAAUCGAAGCAGCAGCUAUUAUGGAACACCUUUUGGAUGGAAGCGCUUUCAUAAAAGAUGCUAAGAGGUUACAUGAGUUGGACCCUCUUCAAAAGCCGAAACAAGAUCGUUACGCUCUUCGGACUUCACCUCAAUGGUUAGGCCCUCAAAUUGAAGUGAUCCGACAUUCAACAAAAUCGAUCGAGAGAGAGAUCAACUCUGUAAAUGACAAUCCAUUGAUUGAUGUUUCAAGGAAUAAAGCUUUACAUGGAGGCAAUUUUCAAGGAACUCCAAUUGGAGUGUCCAUGGAUAAUACUAGAUUGGCUCUUGCUUCUAUUGGAAAGCUUUUGUUUGCUCAAUUCUCCGAACUCGUGAAUGAUUUCUAUAACAAUGGAUUGCCUUCAAAUCUCUCAGGAGGAAGUAAUCCAAGCUUGGAUUAUGGAUUUAAAGGGGCCGAAAUUGCCAUGGCUUCCUAUUGCUCAGAAUUACAAUACUUAGCAAAUCCGGUCACCAAUCAUGUUCAAAGUGCAGAACAACACAACCAAGAUGUGAACUCAUUGGGUUUAAUCUCAUCAAGAAAAACAGCUGAGGCAAUAGAUAUCUUGAAGUUAAUGAGCACAACGUUCUUAGUGGCUCUUUGCCAAGCCAUAGAUUUGAGACACAUAGAGGAGAAUCUGAAAAGCACAGUGAAAAACACAGUGAGUCAAGUCGCCAAGAAAAUUUUAACCAUUGGAGUAAACGGAGAGCUUCAUCCAUCAAGAUUCUGUGAGAAAGAUUUGCUGAAAGUCAUAGAUAGAGAAUAUUGUUUUGCUUACAUUGAUGAUCCAUGCAGCAUGACAUAUCCAUUAAUGCAAAAACUAAGGCAAGUUCUUGUAGAACAUGCAUUGAAGAACAAUGAUGAUCUGAAGAAUUUAAACUCCUCAAUCUUUCUAAAGAUCGGAGCUUUUGAGGAAGAACUAAAAACCCUUUUGCCCAAAGAAGUAGAAAGUGGAAGACAAGCCAUUUCAAAAGGAAAAGCAAUAAUUCCGAAUAAGAUAAAGGAUUGCAGAUCUUACCCAAUUUACAAAUUUGUUAGAGAAGAAUUGGAAACUGAUAUAUUGACCGGUGAAAAAGUGAAAUCUCCUGGAGAAGAAUUUGACAAAGUUUUUAGUGCAAUUUGUGAAGGGAAAAUCAUUGAUCCUUUGCUUGAAUGCCUUGAGAGUUGGAAUGGGACUCCUCUUCCUAUAAAUUGAGACUUGUCAGUGGAAAAAUCACUGUUCUGUGGCCUCUGUUCUUGUGUAUUAUUAGUAGUAUUAUCAUUAUCUCUUCUUCUUCUUUUUCUUUUAUGGUUUGGUUUGUAAUCAAUUGACUGUCAUCAACUUUUGCCAAAUCUAAAUUACUCUUAUCUUUUCUACUGUAUGUUGCUGUAAAGAAAGUUAAGGAAGUUUUGGGCUUGUAUGCAUAUGCAAUAUUAUUUUUGGUUGGGACCA